CUUCCCCUUUCACGCUCCUCUGAGCUCGCGCCGCCUCCGUGACUGGGUAGCGCUGCCGCUCGAUGCGGAAGAUGGCGGACGGAGUGGAUCAUAUCGAUAUCUACGCAGAUGUGGGCGAGGAGUUUAACCAGGAGGCAGAAUAUGGUGCACAUGAUCAGAUUGAACUUUAUGAAGAUGUUCUCUCACCAUCUGCAAACAAUGGAGAUGCUCCAGAGGACAGAGACUACAUGGAUAAUCUAGCAGCCUCUGUUGGAGAUGAUGUAGUGAAAGGAUCCGUUCCUAAUAUUGUGUAUACCUAUACUGGAAAAAGAAUAGCACUGUACAUUGGAAAUCUAACAUGGUGGACAACUGAUGAAGACUUGACAGAUGCUGUGCAUUCUUUGGGUGUUAAUGAUAUUUUGGAAAUAAAAUUUUUUGAAAAUCGUGCCAAUGGCCAGUCAAAGGGGUUCGCUCUAAUAUGUGUUAGUUCAGAAUCCUCAUCAAAAAAGCUUAUGGAUCUUUUGCCAAAAAGAGAGAUGCAUGGCCAGAAGCCAAUAGUUACACCUUGCAACAAGCAAUUCCUUAGUCAGUUUGAAAUGCAGUCAAGGAAAACAGCUACACAGGCUGGCCAAAUGUCUGGAGAAGGAAAAGCCGGUCCCCCUGGCAUCAAUGCUCGUUUACCAUUUCCACCGGGUGGCAGAGGGAGGGGCCGCUUCCCAACUUCAGGUCCUGGUGGUGACAGGUUCCCUGGACCUGCUGGACCUGGAGGGCCUCCACCACCUUUUUCAGCAGGAAUGACCCCACCAAGACCUCCUAUGUGCCCUCCAGGUCCACCAGGACCCCCUGGCCCGCCUCCACCUGGACAACCUCUUCCUCCUCCUUUGCCUGGACCUCCAAAUCGUGGUGAACGCCCUCCUCCUCCUGUUAUGUUUCCUGGACAACCUUAUGGUCAACCGUCCAUAGUCACACUCCCACCUGGUCCACCUCCUCCUGGUUAUGGUCCUCCACCUGGUCCACCUCCACCACAACAAGGCCCACCCCCUCCUCCAGGUGCUUUCCCUCCACGUCCUCCAGGUCCUCCUAUGGCACUUGGCCCUCCUCCUCACUUACCAGGACCACCUCCAGGUGGACCACCACCAGCUCCACAUGUGAAUCCAAACUUCUUUCCCCCACCCGGUAAUGCUGGUAUGACUUCUUCAGAUAGUCGGGGACCUCCACCAUCCGAUCCAUAUGGUCGACCGCCUCCGUAUGAAAGAGGAGACUAUGGCCCACCAGGAAGGGAUAUGGACGUUGUCCGAACGCCUUUAAGUGAGGCAGAGUUUGAAGAAAUAAUGAACAGAAACAGAGCAAUUUCAAGCAGUGCCAUCUCAAGAGCAGUCUCUGAUGCCAGUGCUGGUGACUAUGGAAGUGCUAUUGAAACUUUGGUCACUGCAAUUUCUUUGAUAAAACAGUCUAAAGUUUCAGCAGAUGAUCGUUGCAAAGUUCUGAUUAGUUCCUUGCAGGAUUGCCUUCAUGGAAUUGAAUCAAAGUCUUAUGGUUCAGGAUCCAGAAGACGUGAGCGUUCAAGGGAAAGGGACCACAGUAGGUCAAGAGAAAAGAGCAGGCGUCAUAAAUCCCGUAGUAGAGAUCGUCAUGAUGACUACUAUCGGGAAAGAAGUCGGGAGAGGGAGAGACACCGGGAUAGAGAGCGGGAUCGCGACAGGGAGAGGGACAGAGAGAGAGAGUAUCGUCAUCGCUAACAGCUGAAAGAAGAGGAAGGCCUUGAAAGAGCAGAAGUUCUCAUCAUGCAGAGGAGAAAGCUUUGCCCGUCUCUUUGCUUCUUAUCAUUCACCUUCUCAGAAUUCAUGGAUAUUAUGAGCAGAGAUAGAUGUGAAUAAAGCAAAUCUGCAAACAUGGUAACCAGUAGAUCUUUUAUACUUUACAUUGCUUAAAUGUUUUAUUUCAAUGAAACCUGUGUGACUCAAACAUUAAUAGCUUUUGCAACCCUGACUGGUUAUAAAAUACAUUUUGACAGUUUAUAAUGGGCAAGCAAUUGUUCUUUCUUGUUUUUAUAGUAGUUUGUUCUUGUUAAAAAUGUUCAUAUAAUGUCUGUAAAUGUCACCAUCCUGAUUACAAUAGAUGUAGUGUUGGAAUAAACUGUUAAAUGGGGCUGAUGUGUAAAACUGUUCAAGUUAUUUGGUGUUUACACCUCAGGGAAAGUCUUGCAGGAGCAAUAUUUUUACAAAUAAUACAAAGAAAAACAUUUUAUACCACAUAAAUUGCACAGCUUUUUUUUUUUUUCUUUAAGAUGUGCAUUGUAUUCAUACAUUUGUUUUAAAGAACACAAUUGCUUGUUUUGUUUUUAGAUAAACUCCAUUGUUAACUGUUUUAUUACAUUGCUUUUCUGAAUAGUUUCAUGGAGACGUGACAUUUUUCUUGUCCCUAAACUGUGAUGGUAAAACACUAGAGAGCUGACAAAGCAGUGGCAGUUAUGCUCCGCUUACUAUGUUUUGUAUUUUAUGACCCUGUAAGUAGAAUUGAUUUUUUUCUACUUUCCCAACCCAAUUUUGACUCAAUUUUUCUAAAAUACUUAAAGCAGUGCUAACUUUGUUCUGUACUGUUUACAUGACUGUUUACCUUUUUAGAACACAUUUAUUUUCUUUCUGUGAAAGACCAUGUAAAUUGUGGCUUAUUUUCCAACAUGUAAAGUUUGGCUAUUACACAUGUCAAAAAGUUUGACCCUGUUUUUACAGUAUAAACUGGGCAUGUUUCACUUAUUUUCCCUAAAUUACUAAAGUAUGAGGGCAUAGUUGCUGAACAUAGCCUUGCAUAUUUACAUAAAAUUAAGAAAAGUGAUCAUACUGCUUGUUUUAAAUUAGCAUAUUGUGCUUUUGUUCAUGUCGAACACGAAGUAUGACAGCUGCCACAAAGAUUUUUAGAUGUAAAUAUGCAAAAAAGUAAUGUUCACUACAGUGUUAUAUACUGAUGCUUUUAUUUUUACAUAAGGGUAAAUAAGUGGAAUUAAAGCUUUCCUUGAAAACAGGGUCUCAUUUCUCUUUAAUGGGCUGAUAUGCUCAUAUAUACAUAUAUAUAUAUAUAUAUAUAUAUAUAUAUAUAUAUAUAUAUAUAUAUAUAUAUAUAUAUAUAGUGAAUAAAGUACCCCCUCUUGUAAAAUAUAAGGAUAUUAUAAGUUACCGAGGAGUUUCAUGACCAUAUAAAAACACGAGGCCGAAGGCCGAGUGUUUUUAUACAGGUCAUGAAACUCCAAGGUAACUUCUAAUAUCCUCAUAUUUGCAACUGGGGGUACUUUAUUUAUUAUAAUACACAAAUUUCAGUGAGUCAUGUGACAAAAAUGACAUCAGAACUCACCGUUUAUAACUGAUGACAUCAGAACUCACCGUUUAUAAGGAUAUAAUUUACAAGAUAUUCAUGGCUUUU